GUUCCUGCCACCCUCGCUUGGAAACUCAACGUGCAAUUCCCCCAGGGGGGAGAGAGCAAAUAAAUGCCGUUGACUUAUCUACAACAUUCACUGGAAGUUGCUUUUCUGUUAAUUAAUACCUGAUGGGGAAACAUGCCCAGAGAAACGCAGUCUCAGGAACCCAGGAAAGGGAAUGUGUCUUGUAAAAAGACGCUGCAGCGCUGGAAGCAAUAACUACCAUUAAGCAAGAGACUUUACAUAAAGGCAGCAAACUACCAGUAACAAUAGGAAGCCCAGUUACGGACAGGGCACUUUAUCUGUGGACCGGUGCUGCUUCCCACUGAAAGGCAGGCAGGAGACAGUGGAGUGAUCCUGCAUAGGCCACGCGGGUGCGAUCCACGGACCCCGGUGGCUUCUUGCAUCUCCAAAUUUUAUGCAUCUAACGUAAAUGACUUUGGUGAGGGGAAGGGAGGCGUGGUAGAGACCGAUCUCAGUGUGGAAGGGAGAUUCAAAGUUGGGAAGAAGCGGCCUUUCCUCUUUAGCCCCCAGGGGACAAAAAUCAACACGCCGUGCAAAAAAACAGAAGUAGCAGCAGAGGAGCUGUUUUGAAUGAAAAGGUUAUUGGUCUCAUUUAACGGGAUUGAUCUAAAAAGCCAGUGAAGAGACAAAAAAAAAGGGAGGUAUUGGCUUGCUGGUGCCUGACUGGCAGAUUCCAGUUAACACCUUAUCAGCAGGGCCGCAGACAAAUCCGCGCCUGCUGAAGCUGCACAGGGAAAGAAAGGAGGGGAGGGUGUUUCUGUAACCAGGGACGACAGCAGCAACAGUCCACGGAGAUGCAGGGAGGAUAGAGAGGGAGGGAGAGAGACAGGCGCAGACAGCUCCUGCACAAUAACCUUCCUUUCCAGCCGGCGCACGGGAGAGGGAAGGGCGGAAAAAUAAAUCAACCUGCAGUGGUUUUUUGUUUUUUUUUAUGGUCGUUCCCAUUGAGAGAGGCCGCGAUUUAAACGAAGGCACAGCGCUGAUCUGGCCGAGCCAGGCAGCCGUCUCCCUGAGCGGGAUGUAGCAGCUCUUUUCUUUGCUUGUUGUUCACUUGAAGAGUGGGCGCCGAUCCUCCAGGACUGAGAUCCCAUCUUCCAGCAAGGCACUGAAACAGAAGCAGAUCUCCCCCGCUCAUCCUGACCUUGCUGCUGCUGCUGCUGAAAGGAAAAGAAAAGGGGGGGAAAGAGCCUUGUUCUUUGCCGAGGAGGGAGGAAGGAAGCAGAGAAAGCUGGAAGAAGCAUCCGAGGGUAUCGGUGGCGGUGUGGCUAUAUAUUUCUUUAUUUGUAAAGUCAAAGCGAGUGCCCUGAUGACUCCUCAGUGAAACGGGGGGAGUUUGCAGGGCGAUACAGCAAUUUAUGCACUGAUUAGUCUGGAGAGAAAUCGGCUGGGCCAUAAUGGGGAAAUCCAACAGCAAGUUGAAGCCUGAAGUUGUGGAAGAGCUGACCAGGAAAACAUACUUUACAGAGAAGGAGGUGCAGCAGUGGUACAAGGGCUUCAUCAAGGACUGCCCCAGCGGCCAGCUGGAUGCUGCUGGGUUCCAGAAGAUCUACAAGCAGUUCUUCCCCUUUGGCGACCCAACCAAAUUUGCCACCUUUGUUUUUAACGUUUUUGAUGAAAACAAAGAUGGCAGGAUCGAGUUUUCGGAGUUCAUCCAAGCCCUGUCGGUCACUUCCCGAGGGACACUGGAUGAGAAGCUGCGGUGGGCAUUUAAACUGUAUGACUUGGACAACGACGGGUACAUCACGAGGAAUGAGAUGCUGGACAUCGUAGAUGCUAUUUAUCAGAUGGUGGGAAAUACAGUGGAGCUCCCGGAAGAGGAAAACACCCCUGAGAAGAGGGUGGAUCGGAUUUUCGCCAUGAUGGACAAGAACGCCGACGGGAAGCUCACGCUGCAGGAGUUCCAGGAGGGCUCCAAAGCUGACCCCUCCAUCGUACAGGCGCUAUCUCUCUAUGACGGACUCGUAUAGUCCUGGAGUCCCAAACUGCGAUGUCUGGGGGAAGACUCUCUCUGUGCCAUCAGACCACCUCAGUAAAGAAGCUCGCCUGUCCCUCUACGGCCUUCCUUUCUGUUAUGCGAACAAAGGAUGUGCUUGAAGUGUGAGGCCACCCCCACCCACCCUGCGCUCUGAAUCAGCCGUUCCCAUUUGCCAACUUCCGCUUUUUCAAAAAAAAAAACCCAAAAAAAGAAAAAGGAAAAAAAAAAGAGA